AUGAAUUAGUAUAAAACGAAUUACUUUUUGACAGUGAGACCGGAAGUGGUGGCAUAAAUUUGUUAAUUUUUAGAUAUUUCUAGUUAUUUAAAACUAAGGCUAUUAAAUUCAGAUAUGGAUUUUAUAGUGAAACUAAUUAACACAUUGAAAAUGGAAUAAAUCAAGUUUUGCUUAAGAAACUUAUAAGAAAAAAACCAAUAAUCACAGGAAUGCAAGAAGUUGAUAGAGUAAGAUAAAAUAAAAUUGAGAGAAUACUGGAAAGGUAUAUUCGACAAGACAUAUUUCUUUGAAAUCAAAACAUUAUCAACUCCUCCUCCCAUGUUAAUAGAGAUUAUCAAAUAUUUUAUCUUUUUGAUAAAUCCAAUAGAGAAAUUGAGACAAGAUAAUUAUGCUAUAUGGAAAGAGUUUAAAUAAUUAAUUACAAAAAUAGAUAAUUUAAUUAAAAGAAUAUUUGAAUUUGAACCUGAAAAACUCUCAAAAAUAAAACUGAGUUUGUUGUCAUAGAUAUUGGAAUUAAAUUGCUAAAAUACUCUUCAUUAUUUGCAUGGUGCAGAAUUUAUUUAUUUAUAUAUUCUAUCUAUAAUUGAAGUAAGAAGAAAUGAUUAUUACAAUUUUUAUUAUGACUAUCAAAAUAAAUUGCUAGAAUAUGAGAAGAUGAUAAAAUAAUUAGAGAAAUUUGAAGAAAAAUAUUAAUUUGAAAAGUAAUGA